AACAAAAACAAAGUUGAGUCGUUUCGUUGAGUCGGAAAAUGUCGCUCUGUUAACUGCUUUAUCACUGUCGAAAGUUCAAAAUCGACCCUUCUUUUUGUUUUAUUACUGCUUAAAGUAUUUUGUAAAACUGUAAAUAAUGCUGAUCACACUUAAAAAUCUUCAACAGCAAACCUUUCAAGUUGACAUCGACCCUUCUCAGACCAUUAAAGAUCUGAAGGAGCGAAUACAAGCUGAGAAGGGAAAAGACUACCCAGCUGCUAAUCAACGACUUAUCUAUGCCGGUAAAAUUCUCACAGAUGAAUCCCCAAUUAGUGAAUACAAUAUUGACGAGAAGAAGUUUAUCGUAGUGAUGGUGUCAAAGCCUAAGUCAGCCCCAACCCCCAGCACUGGCCCCGCUGAUCCUACAGCCCCGCCUGCGCAACCCGAGCCUGAGUCUAGGCCUAGCGAGGACAGACCAGCUGAGGCUAGGGCGGAGGCAGUACCUCCGGCUAACAUCUCUGCCGCAGAAUCAGCUUUGUUAAUGGGUGAGGAGUACAACACUAUGGUGCAGAAUAUUGUAGACAUGGGAUAUGACAGAGAUCAGGUAGAAGCAGCACUUAGAGCGAGUUAUAACAACCCAGACAGAGCUGUGGAGUACUUGCUGACCGGAAUACCAGCAGACACAGACAACGGGCCAGCUGAUGAAGACUCGCCACCUGCAGUCGCAGGUGAGCCCGGAGAGGAGCCACUGGCGUUCCUCAGGUCGCAACCUCAGUUCCAACAGAUGCGCUCUGUGGUGCAGCAGAACCCCGACCUCCUGAACGCAGUUCUACAGCAGAUCGGACAGACCAAUCCGGCGCUGCUGCAGCUCAUCUCUCAGAACCAGGAGGCUUUUGUGCGAAUGCUCAAUGAGCCCCAAGGUGGCGGUGGGGGCACCGGAACUGCUCCUCCCGCCGCAGCCAUGCCUCCUACAGCCGUCCCUGUCACUCCCCAAGACAAGGAGGCCAUUGAGAGGUUGAAAGCGCUUGGUUUCCCAGAACAUCUGGUGAUUCAGGCGUACUUUGCGUGUGAGAAAAACGAGAACCUUGCCGCCAACUUCCUCCUCUCUCAAAACAUGGAUGACUGAACUGCAAAGAUUAUUUAUUGUAUAAAGAAAACAACCCUCACGCCUUACCUGCACAGAUUCCUUGUAAAUUUCCUGUCGAUUCGAUUUGAUUAAAUUUGAGCUAAUCUUCAUCAUUCUUCCACGAUUUUGUCUGCAAAUAGAAAUUAUUUAAAGAAACUAUUUUGUUACGAUGUUUGUGCUAAAUAAACUUUAGUGUUGGCUUUAUUUUGGGAUAUGCCAGGAUUAUUUUGAUUUUUUUCAUGUUUUUAUUGUCUGUUUAUAAAGUAUGAAUGAGAUACUUUGCAUUCACUCAACUAACAUUUGAAUUUUGAUCAGAGUUUUAACUUAAAGAAUUUGAAGAUUCUGGGAAUAUCAAAGUGAGUUUCUUGUUUACCAUGAUACGAAAAGGAUUCUCAAAGGUUGAUAUAAGGCUUUUGUAAUAUUGUUUUGGUUUCAUAUUAAAUUAAUUGUAAGUAAAUUUUGUGAAUUA